ACCACUCACUUAGCAAUAGCUAGGGUUUGAUUAUCUUUCUCUCCCCUGUAUUAGAAACCCUAGCUUUGAAACUGCCAUCCCCAACAACAACAAUCACCAUCAGUGUUGGAUUUGCCAUCACCGAUUCGCCGUUGCCCGUCGCGCAGCACCUCCUUCUGUCGCAGAACCACCACCUUAGUGCCGACGAUGGCAGAUCUUGAAGGACAACCAAACCCUACAGAGCUACGGGGGUCAUGUUCCUUAUCGAGAUAGCAAACUCACACGUAUUUUGCAACCUGCACUAGGGGGAAAUGCAAAUACUGCCAUCAUAUGCAAUAUUACACUUGCUCAGGGGCUCCCAUUCAGAACAUUCCGAAGAGGAGAUUCUCAAUCUGCGGAAUACUUUAUUACAGACUGAAUUGGAGAGGGAUCGGAUAGCUAUGGCGCUGGAGGAGGAAAAGAAAGCCCAAGCUGAACGCGAAAAGAGGUUGCAAGAGCAAGCUAAGAAGAUUGAAAACUUGAGUUCAAUGGUGUUGUACUCAAAUAGGGAUGAGAAUCGUGAUCAGCCCAAGAAGGGGAAGAGGCGUGAUACCUGGUGCUUUGGUAAUCUUUCAAGGGAGACUCUUGGGGAAUUGAAUUCAAUAGUCCAUGCAAAGGCAUCUGUUGCUUGGCAUUUAGCAAGUGACUCUGGUAAUUUUCAAGUUAAUCUUAAAUACCUUGGACGGGCUGUUUUCUACACAAAUGGCAUUCUAUACCCUGAUAGCGUGGUUGGAACUGAUUCCUAUACAACUAUGAUUGCUGGCUUAGGAGUUGCUGGCUGGGGAGUUGGAGGAAUUGAAUCUGAGGCUACAAUGCUUGGCCAGCUUCUGCUUCUCCAAAUCCUGCUGCUGCUGGUGAUAGUAACUGCAAUGUAUGUGUAA